CCGAUGGCUGUUCGUAUCGAUAUCGGAUCAUAACGCUGAAAACGGCAUUGAAGGUAUUCAGGCGAAUUCUCGGCAUCACGGCUGAGACUGACAGGUGCCAUGUGUCAGGCGGGGAUUCCAAGGACGGGUUGCCGAUAACGACGACGGCGACCCAUCAACAGGCUUGGGCAAUGGCCAUAAUAUGCGUGGUAGACCACAGCCAUACACGCUGCAACCAGCAACGAAGUAUUGACAUCGUAGACCAGAUACAGAUCUUGUGAAACUGCCUGAUCAGAUUCUACCUCGCCUUCUAACUAGUGUAUCAACGCAACUGCCAAAAUGACGAAACUGUUCCAACCAUUGACAGUUGGAGAUGUCAAGCUGGGUCAUCGUGUCGCUAUGGCGCCGUUGACUCGAUACCGCAUGGGCGACGACUACAAAGCUACACCGAUGAACAGAGAGUACUAUGAGCAACGAGCAUGUGUACCAGGCACCCUUAUCGUCAGCGAAGCAACCAUCAUCUCCAGGAACGCCAUCGGCGCCCAAAACGCUCCAGGAAUCUGGCAAGAAGAUCACAUCGCUUCCUGGAAAGACAUCACGUCAGCAGUACAUGCCAAAGGAUGUGCGAUAUACUGCCAACUUUGGCAUCAAGGCCGAGCCGCAAGGACCGAUGCGCUGGACGCAGAAGGAAUCACACUGGUGUCAUCCAGCGCGGUACCUAUCACACCUCAAGACCGAACGCCAGUAGAGAUGACAGAAGAGAUGAUCUGGGAAACCAUAGCAGACUAUGCGAAUGCAGCCAAGAACGCGAUUGCUGCGGGUUUCGACGGCGUCGAGAUCCACGGUGCUAAUGGAUAUCUGCCGGAUCAGUUCCUCCAGACGACUUGCAACCAACGGACGGAUAGCUGGGGAGGAAGCAUCGAGCAACGCGCGCGAUUCCACCUUGAAGUCACCAAGGCCGUCAUCGCUGCUAUCGGCGUGCAAAGAACCGCAAUGCGCCUGAGCCCUUACAGCGACUUCAACGGCAUGCUAAUGGAUGAGCCCGAGCCGACUUUCGAAUAUCUUACUGAAGAGCUGAAGAAAUUGGGUCUGGCUUAUCUCCACCUGAUCGAAGCCCGUAUUACCGGAAACGACGACUCUGAAUGCGGAGGCCAGAAGACCGUACAGUGGAUGGUCGAACAAUGGGGCAAUGCGAGUCCAGUCAUGCUUGCAGGUGGUUUCCUGCCCGAUUCGGCGAAGCAGACCGUUGAUGAGACGUACAAGGACUACGAUGUUAUCAUUGCGUUUGGGAGAUAUUUCGUUGCCAAUCCCGAUCUUGUGUUCCGCGUCAAGGAGAGCGUACCACUGGUCAAGUAUGACCGCUCUGUUUUCUAUACUCCAAAGACACCGAAAGGGUAUAUCGACUACCCGCAUAGUCAGCAGUACUUGACAGCGGCGGCGAAGGUUUGAGAUAGAUAUGUUUUUGAUCCCAAUUUUACGUGUACAUUUUGA